AUGGUUGAACCCGAACAAAAAGAUAAACCAUCCAACCUAGAAGAUACGGUUCGCAAUCUUCGAGAAGAAAAUGCUAAACUUUUACAACUCCUUCGUUCUCAAGGACUUCGCGUUGAUCCAGUCGAUGAAAAAUCCAAUGAGUCAACCAGUAUUACUUUCGAUAAUUCGGAGAUAAGCUUAACAACAAAUACGAUCAAUACAACAAAUCAAAUCACACAUCAGCAUGUGAAUAAUCAUGGUCCAAUAAAUCAACAAAAUUAUUCCGGUCAAGUGGUUCACGGAAAUCAAUCGAAUAUUACACCUAAUUUUAAUACAGUUAUUCAAACGACAACUCAACCAUUUGUACAGAAUAACUCGAAUACACUUGUACAAAACAACACCAACUUAAUCCAACCGAUCAAUCUUGUCAAUUUCAACAAUGUCAGUCUCGAUUCUCUGCAAUCAUUCUUUGCUUCACAGAAUAAUUUGGUUUAUCUGUCUCAAUCAUCUUCAACAACGUCGCAGACUACGACGACUACAACGACUACAUCUAACUUCCUGAACGAAUCUGAACAACAUCAAAUAUCGAUUCGACCUAAGCCAUCGAUUAUUCCUCAACCAGAAGUGACUUCUGUCCUAUCCAGAAUGAAUGAAACUACCUCUAGACAACUGUCAUCGUCAGCGUCAUCACUAACCGCAGCAACCACGCCAACGCCGACGCCGCCACCACCAUCAGCAAAUGCAACUAAUGGUGAAACAACCAAUUUACUUGAUAAUGAUUUAAAUCAUAAACAGCCGAGACCUAUUCGACCUAAACCAUCGUCUAGGACGAAUUCUUUACAGUCAAUAAGAUUGAAAUUGAAUGACCAACGCAUGUUUCAGGUUUAUACUCCUGUGGUUCUCAAUGAGACCAAACCUUCGAUAAGCAAUGUACUUACUCCAUCGUCAUUGAUUAACAAUACAAAUGCAUCAUCGACAGUAUCGUUACUAUCACCAUCGACAUCGUUUGAAGAACAUCACAUGGAUCUAUCUCCUCAACUGAUGCAUUCGAAAUCACUGGAUUUAUCUGUUCCGCCGACAAAUAAUCUCUUAGCAUCAACAACCAAUAUGAUUGCGACUACUAAGAAACCGAUUCGAAAUCGUAAGAAGCCUCUACCGUCAUCAUCGUCGUCAUCGUCAUCGUUACCAUCAAUGACUAUUCCACCGACGAAUCCAUCACUAAUUCCCAUUGCGCCUAAUCCCGGUCGACCGUUAGCACCAGCUCCAUUGAAUGUACAACGUAUCGUUGCCACUAAUAAACGUUCAACAAGUAAUAAGAAACGAAAUUCGAAAACCCUAGUUCAAUACCAUAGCGAAAGUAUUAUCCAACAAGCGACUUCGCCAAACAAUUCUUUUGCGGAGUCUAUAUCCGGUUUAAUGCAAAAUUUCGAUCAAGAAUUGUUAGCAUCGAAUUUCUUAUCUCAACCGGCACCACCACCAACGACAAAUAUACUCUCGAAUGAUACUCCGUCUUCGUCAUCAGCAUCCACGACGACAACGACGACCACGAACAUAAAUCUGAUUCGUACAUUGGACAAUAUUGAUGUAAGACAAAUUGUCAACACCACAAUUCAACGUACGGACUCAAGUUUUCAAUCGAUGCCAACAUUUGAAGAAUUCAAUGAUCGACUCGAAACGGAAACGAAUACUGUCAUGCCUGAUUACAAUGUUGACAAUGAACAAAUAACAUCGUUCAUGAAUGAAGAAGACAUGCGGUUUGUCGAAAUGAAUUUUGAUGAAAAUACCUUUCUCAAACAAUUUGAUUUGGAUGAUGCUGGAAUUAAAUUGAACAUUAAUCCGGAACAAAGCAUAUUCGGUAGUCUUCUAACAAAUACUCAUAAUUUAAGUAGCACAAUUGAACAAUCGAGUUCACCAUUACCAUUACCACAACCACCACCGCCGCCGAUCUAUCCCGGAUCGUCAUUGAUUAAUAAUAAUGUCUUUACAACAGUUGUUCCAUUAGGUCUACAACAACAUUCGUCGCAAAGUAAUAUAUUUAGUAGUAAAAAUACAUCGAUAUGCUUGCCGGAAGAAGGUGUACAAUUAACUGCUCGUCAUAUCGAACCCAGUCAAGUAGCAACGUACGAAUCAGUAAAAUAUCAAGAUAUUCUUGAUGAUUUAGUCACUGUUACUGAUCAAGACGUGUUGAGUCAUGUUCAAGCAGCAGCAGCUGCCGCUGUGAAUGAUACAACAGUUAUUGCAACUGAUUUUUCGUUUGCUCUAAUUGAAGCAACGAAUGAGAUAAUCAAAACAACGGAAAUUCAAGGUGCUGAAGAAACGGCAUCUGCAUUUGUCGAUUUGCAGUACUUCUAUCCUACGAUUGAACAAGAACAAGAAUUACUACAAAAACAAUUGGAACAAUGCGAACAAAAAGUCGAAUUACAGCCGGAACCGGAACCAGAUUCUCUACCCGUGCCAGCUGUUGUACUUGAAGACAAAUUCGACAACGAAAUCAAUUCGACAGCAGACUCGCCUAAAUCCGAAGACAAUUCAGCAAUCACUGAUCUAGCAUCUAUUCUACAAAUAAAUCAAACACAUUCAACAUCUCCUGUCAAAGAAACACCUUCGGUCAUUGAUUAUGAUGCUUUUCUUCCACCACCCACUCCAUCUCCUCCGCCAGCACCUGCACCACCUGUGCAGCCAAUAUUGCAGUCGCCAUCGCUACCACCUCCAUCACUACUACAGAAACCGAUGUUGUCGUUACCACCGGUCCCACCGCCACCGAUAGCAACGACGCCGACAACGGUAACAACAGAUUUUCUUCCUGUGCCUGAACAAAGUUCACGUAAAGCAUGUAUUAUAUUCGAACCAAUAUUAUCUCCGACAAAUCCUCUAUCUCCGACGAAUCCUCUGUCUCCAAUGAUUCCUUCGUCUCCAAUGAAACCUGCUGAAAAUGAGCUCGUGUUAGAUUCUGGUUGUUUGACGAGUUCAUCGUCCAUAGAAAAAUCAAAUCCGUUAGAUACAGAUCAGAUCGAAGAAUUACUGAACGAAGCUCCUAAUAAGAAUCCGUACGACAUGAUUGAAAACCACGUUCAAGCUACUUCGCCAUCGCCAUUGCCAUCGCCAUCUCCACCUCCAGCUAUCGAUAAAUCCGAUAAUCUCGAUCAUCUAAUUGAACCGAUCGAUGAGCCACCAAAGAAGAUUCUCGAGAAGAAUUUUCUCCACUAUCAACAAAUCUAUCAAGAUAGUCAAAAGAAAACAACACCGCAGGAACAGUAUUCACCGAUUCCAUCCGUGAAAUUAAAACUCAAUUCAAUUUAUCCGAAACCGAAGAAGAAACGCAAGAUGUCACCAUCGCCGACGUCGUCACCUGUACCGGAAUCAGAACCGGCACCAGCACCUGUUCUUGUGUGUGAGAAUGUUCGACCGUCAUUAAAAAUUAAAAUUCGAACCAAACUACCAUCACCUCCAUCUCCGUCGAAAGAAGAAGAACCACCACCACCUCCUCCUCCACCGGCAGUGAAGAUCAAAAUUCGUAAACCAAUUAAAAAGCCAAAGCGAAAGAAAUCUUCUAUAGAUGAUCAGUUAGAUCGCGAAGCUAAGCUAUCAUUAAAAACUGAAUACGCUGGUUUAACACGUUUUGAGCAACCUCUAGCUCAGUUAUAUCGUACCCAAUCGUCGCCAGAUACUCGUGUACCACCUACACCCGGAGAGAAUGAAGAUAUACCACUUUUGCCCAACAAGCAAGAUACACCGCCAACGAAUGAAUUCAAAUCAGUAAACUCAACCACACCACCCGAAAAUCAAAUGAAGAAACUGGCACAUUUACUCAACUAUGAUGAUGAGCCGCUGAAUAACAAUACAUUUAUCACUCCACCACCGGAAAUUGAUACACAUGUUCACCAUCACCACCAACAGCAGCAGCAACAACAGAAAACUUCGAAUGAUAUCGGACAACAAAGUCCAAAAAAGAUGAAAAAAUCGAAACAAUCUUCUUUUCAUAGCAAAGAAUACUAUUCAUCAUCAAGAAAAAGCGAACAUUUACCACAACCACCAGCUCCACCUCCACCUAUCCAUCAUAUGGAUCCAUAUGCUCAACCAUAUCAUCAUUUCGAUGCACGAACAGCUCCUUUUUUUAACUUUCCUUUUCCAAAUCCAUUUAUGAAUCCACAUGCAGCAGCACCGCCGCCGCCACCACCGCCGCCCUCGAAUCAUUUUCAUCAUAAUUCAAUGAAAUAUCAUUAUCCAACUCAUAGUUAUUCAGCACAUCAUCAUCAACAGCAAUUUCCUUAUCAUCCACAUUUACAACGGCAACAACAGUACAACAAUACAAAUUAUAUGUCUUCUCGUAAUCAUCACCCAUUUAACAGGUAG